GGGAGCGGUGAAUGAGGCUGGGAAGGCAGCGGGAAUGUGAAUGGCUCUUCUGGCUCCCCAAAGUGUCCGCCAACCGCAAACCAACCCGCACAACCCUCCGGACCCCCCCCUCCGUACCCCCGGAGUCCAGCGGGACCGCUCUGAGGUGUGAUUUUUGCUGCUAGUAGACUUAUCUGCAAGAGCAGAACACAGAAUAAGCGACUCCCAGGCUCGGCUCCGCAGUCCCACUGGCCCGAUGGCAUGCUGCAACCGACCCCAGCUCAGCGUCGGGAGGAUAUAAAGACCGUGCUGGGGGAGCAGUUUUUUGUGCAGUAUACUCAGAGGUGCAUAGCGUAAUGUCCAUGCUGUACUACACUCUGAUUAUAGCUUUUUUGAUCGGCACACAGGCAGCUCCAAAGUCAGAGGACAAUGCUCCACUGGAGUAUCCUGCAGAACACUCCCUGCUCCAUACCCACCGGAGUAACAGACCCCACCUUCCCGAGGCAGCUCCACAGACAUCCCACAGCCACCCUACUUGGACAAUGGGUAGAAGAGAAGCUAUAAAUAUCACCAUGGACCCCAAAGUUUUUAAGAAGAGGCGUUUCCGGUCUCCUCGCGUGCUCUUCAGCACACAGCCCCCCCCGGUAUCGGGGCAAGGACAGAAUAUGGGACUUCUCAGCAGUUCAGGUUCUCUCAACAGGACUGCCAGGACCAAGAGGACCACGCAUCCCGUAUUACACCGGGGAGAAUUCUCAGUGUGCGACAGCGUCAGCAUGUGGGUUGGGGACAAAACCACAGCCACUGACAUCAAAGGCAAAGAGGUGACGGUGUUGGGAGAGGUCAACAUCAACAACAACGUUUUUAAGCAGUACUUUUUCGAGACCAAGUGCAGGGACCCUAGGCCCGUCUCCAGCGGGUGCCGAGGGAUCGAUGCAAAGCACUGGAACUCCUACUGCACCACAACACACACCUUCGUCAAAGCCCUCACCAUGGAGGGCAAGCAAGCGGCCUGGAGGUUCAUCCGGAUCGACACGGCCUGUGUGUGCGUGCUCAGCAGGAAGUCAGGGAGACCCUGAGAUGGACCCAAAUCCCACGACAGCAUCCUCCUACCCCCCUACCUCAGUCUGUAAAUUAUUUUAAGUUAUAAAGGACUGCAUGGUAUAUUUAUAGUUUAUACAGUACAGAAAGAACCUCAUUAUUUAUUAAACUCUUUUGGAAA